AUGAGUGGCGCAAACUUCUACGCGCGACAGGCAGAAGAAUCGAGGAUAGUUCCACAAUCCAGUCAUGAAUCGAAGACACCUAUGAUGAAUGGAGGCGGCAUGGUUAACGGAGCUCCUGGGGCUGACCAGCUUCCAAACUUUGCUACAUACGACACUCGGCGAAGUGAAGAACGACCUACACUCCCACCCAUCACAACCCAGCCAAUGCCCUCAACUACUCCGAUCGAUGAUGGUAGGUUCUACGGGGGCCAACGAUCACGAUCAAACAGUAGACCAAGAUCAGCUAGUAGACCUAGACCAGAAGAUUUCUCCGCCCCGUUGGGUGCUGACAGACACUUUGAAGAAGUACCACCAUUACCUACACCGAAUAGAGGUGCAUAUGGCGCCCCACGAGGUCGAGGUGGCUAUCCACCAAGAGGCGGAAUGCCACGAGGAAAUUCGAGAGGACCUCCACCAUCACCAUACGGCCCUGGACGAGGUGGAUAUCCAAUUAGAGGGAGAGGUGGCCCACCGUCCGUGCCACUACCACCAGGAGUCAUGAUUCCAGCUGGUAUGAAUCGCAGACCACCUCCAGGAUAUGGACCACAAAGCCCUACUGAAAUGGAACGUCCUUACAUGCCUCCUCCUUCUCAAGGACCAGUGUAUGAUAGGCCAGGAGAAUCAAAUUUUGAACCCUCAAGUCCUUCGAAUUACGGAUCUGAUGCCAAUGCGCCUUACGGCGCCGCCUAUGGUGCUCGAGCUCAGUCGCCAAGCGUAAGGCGACAGUCACCAUAUGGAUCCCGGGCACAAUCACCGGUCGGUGGCCCACCACCUCAGUCAGUACCACCACCAAUGCCGCCAAUGCCUAAUCGAUCACAAUAUGGACCUACAAGCUAUCCAACCCCCGGUCCUAUUAUGGAUUCAGGCAUGCAAGGAAUGGUAGACAUGCAAAGGGCGCAUCACCAGUCGCGUCUAACGAAGCGCAGUUACGUCCCACCACGAGCAGCUUGGUCGCAAUCACCACACGCAGGUCCAAGCUCUCCCUCUCGUAGAAGACGAGUAAACUCGGGUGGAAGCGAUUAUGUCGAAGACGUUGAUCCUAGAUUCGCCGAACCACCGCCAGUUCCAAUAAUAUCAUCCCAGACGUUAGCACAACCUCCCCAGCAGCCAUACAUUCCAGGCGCUCUAGUCGCAGGCCGGAACCCCAACGAUCCCUCUCCCGAAUCCAGCUCAUCUCAAAUCCUCCCUCAUACACAAUCUUACGAAAAUCUCCAGCCAGGCGCACGCAGCCCAGUAGAAUCCGAAACCAGCAACUUCACCUCAAUAUCCCAAAGGCCUAUGAAUCCCAACUGGCAGCCCGGCCACGGUGGAGAGUUCAACCAAUUCGCGCCACAACCCGACCGCCGGCAUCAGCAGCGAAAACAAGAUAUCCUUUUCUCGAACAAUCCCGAUUUUGAGAUUCCAGGUAUGGGUCCACCUAGGGGAACGAGACCAGGCUACCGUGGUGGAAGAGGAGGUGGAUCGGGUUACGGCCCUGGGCCGGGACCGAGGGGAGGUCCGAUGAGACCGCCUCCGCCUAGUGUGCUUGAGACCAUGGGUGCCGAUGGUAGGUACCCAGGACCUGCUAUGGGAUCUCCUGUACCAGGACAAGGCAGCGGGAGUGUCAGAGAGAUCUAG